AUGCUUAUUACACCCUCUGUGAGAGGGCCAUUCGUUCGUUUUCAUGAGCAUGACCAUUAUGCACGGAUUGUGUUGUUGUGCCUAUGUUGGUACGCAAUAUCCUCGGUAGCGUCGCAAGUUACAAAGCAGAUCUUAACAGAGUUCCCAUUCCCGUUGUUUUUGGGUGAGUUUCAGUUCUUGUAUAUUUCUAUGCUUGCGGUAUUGACGUGUUGGCUUGCUCGCAAAUGGAGAGGAUUUUUCAAUUUGUUUCCCUCGGGCACCUUUCCAGAUUAUUCUCUCGGAGUUCAAUCACGAGUCAUCACACCACCCUCCCGACAUAUCAUCCAAGUUGUUCUACCACUAGGUCUAUUCCAGUUUGUGGGCAAAUAUUUUGGGCAUAAAGCUACUUCAUUAGUUCCAAUAUCAACAGUUUCGAGUAUCAAAACACUCUCACCAAUAUUCAUUCUAGUGGCCCAACAAACCUUACACAUUGACCACAGGAAGCUAAAUGUCAUAAGUUAUCUGAGUUUAUCAUGCAUCUUGUCCGGGGUGUGGUUAAUUGUAUCUGAUGACAAUAAGCGCGUCGUAAAAGAAGUAAUUGGAGAAAGUGAUAUUCAAGAUUCCUCCGCCACGGCGACGCGACUCUCGAGGUCCUCUUCAGGUGUAUGUUGCGCAAUAGUAUCGAUGCUGGUUUUUGUUGCACAGAACAUGUAUGGCAAACAAGUUUUCACCAAUACGCCAACACAUGUCUCUACGAUCAAACAAUCUUUUAAAGAGAGUUCUCCACUGCCAUUAUAUUCCGAAAAGAAAUUCGGUUCUUUGAAGAGCAGGAAGUACGAUAAACUCACUUUGAUGAUAUACAUUUCUGCAGUUGGAUUUGUUCUUUCAUUUGGUUGGUUUCUUACUUUAGAACUUCCAACUGUCUGGAGACUUUUUUAUCAUAAUGAUAGUGAAACUGUCAGUUUCCCGGUUCGGCUAUUGCUUCUUAAUGGUUUAUUCCAUUUUAUACAAACUAUGAUUGCCUACUAUUUAUUGGGGGAGAUUUCAACACUCUCAUAUUCCAUAGCGAAUUUGAUGAAAAGAAUUUCGGUUAUUUUUGUAAGCUGGCUAAUCAGUUGCCGCGAGAUUACCCCAACACAGGUGACUGGAUUGUCGUUAAACGCAAUAGGUCUAUUCCUCUACGAAAGGAAUACGAAGACUCAAAAAAAAUGA